AUCCUUCUCUUCACCAGCGCACCACCAUCGACAGUUCUUUCCGAUCGUUUGCGGCGCUCCGUCUGAUCACAUCGAGUCAGCUGCCCGGCACACGCACGCCCACACGCCUCGUCACUUACAGCGCUGACCGGCUCAGCUUGGCUUGUCUACGCCGCCUCACGCGUGGAUACGUAGAUGGAUGAAGGCGUAAAGGCCCUGCCUUGAGGAACCCAAGAGCUGCGUCGGUCUCUCGCCCUUGCUCUCCCACUCGACUUCGACGUCGACGAUAUGUCCAAUUACGAUGCAACCCCACAUUCGCCCCUCUCGGCAGCGCAUCCGGCGCAUAUACUCGCCUCCUUCAACCAAAGCUCAGCAACAGCAGCAGCGCCUGCCCCGCCUGGUGCACCGCCCGUUGCGGGACCCUCACAUGCGAUGCCUAGUGCGUCCAGCUCAUCAGUCAAGUCGUCGGGGAAGAGGAAGGAGGCGAGUGCUGCAGGAGGAGGGGAAGGGCCGACCAGCCCGACAGACGAUGACGAUACGGCGGAUGACGGACAGAAGAAGCGCAGAAGACGAGUCGUAGUGGCCUGCGAUACCUGUCGCCGCAAGAAGGUAAAAUGCCAAGGACUGCCCAACGCCUCGUCCACUUGCAACAACUGCGCAGCCUACAACUAUAAGUGCACUUUCACAGCAGACAGUGAUCGUUCGCGGGGCAAGUAUGAGAUAUUGGAGGGCAAAGUAGAGACGCUCUACAACGCCUUGAGGAGUGUGGCCCCGCAUCUAGCAGAGGACUUUCAGAGGGGACAGCUCAACGUUUCUGGUGGCGCGGUACGGGCAGCUACGGGGAGGGUGAGCAAGGGCAGUACAAACGGCGGCGAUAGCAGUGUCGGCGGGAGCAGCAUGCCUGCCCCUUCCUCCUACUCGUACCCUCCUGGCUACCCGCAACCGCACCUCCAUCAACCAGGUGCCGCACCUCCCGGUCCACGGACUGGGCCUUCCCUCUUCGAGAUGAACACCAUGCUUCCUCCACUCGUGAGCGGCUCUUCGUCCUCGUCCUCGUCCUCGUCCCACCACUCGCAGCUGCAGCCACUCCCAUCGCUCCGCUCCCUCGGUGUUGUUGAGCCACACAGGAGAAGGCCAGGCCCGCUCGUGCCCGACUUGGAGGAUGGGCGGCCCAGAUUCUUUGGCAAGAGCUCCACGUUGAGUCUCUUUCAUGCACUGGAUAGUCGACCACCUUCACCGCAACCUCAGGCUCAGCGCGGCGAGCGCGACGAGCGCGGCAAUGAUGGAGAGCGGACAGAGCAGGGGAGCUCGCGUUCGCAAGCAGAGCAGGGCACCACGCAAUCUCGAGCGGACACACAACAUUCGCUACAGUCAGACGCGCACACCGCCCCUCCCUCAUCGGAUCGCAAAGCCCCAGUCGAAUGGUCCGUCCUCCCCGUGCCGACGCCCAUCUACCCCUCCAACUCCCGCGAAUGGGUCCACCUGAUCCGGCGCAAGAACACAGUCGCAGUAGGUCGAGACGACAUCUGCAGCGACGAAUGGGCAACGCGCUACAUGCUCCCUUGCAGCUCCCUCAUCUCCCACCUGUUGGAAGACAUCUACUUCCCCUCGCUCCACCCGCUCCUCCCCAUCCUCCACCCACCAACUUUCCGCCGCGACAUCCAAUCCGGCCGCGCCGCCCACGAUACGGCCUUUCGCGGGCUCGUAUUCUGUGUACUCACAAUCGCCUCGCGCUUCUCCUCCGACCCGCGCGUCCUCGCCGACCCUUCUGACCCUCACUCAGCCGGGGACCACUGGGCGGCCGGCUCCAGGCUGUACCACCAAGCCUUUGCCGCCUCGUUGAUCAACGUGCAGGUCCUCCUCCUCACCGCAACAUUCAUGCAUGCCUCCAUCGGCCCCGGAUCCGCAUGGACCGUCCUAGGUGUGGCGGUGCGCGGGUUGAUGGACAUUGGCCUGCACCAGGAGAGGGCGAAUAGAGAGUUUAGACCUUUUGACCAGGAGAUGCGACGAAGAGUCUUUUGGUCCGCUUUCAUUCUUGACAGUAUUUUCACCAUCUGCUUGGGAAGGCCGAGCGCGUUGAAGCUCGAGGACUGUCGUGUUGAUCUGCCAUUGGAUGUCAGUGAUGAGGCGUUGGGUCGAUCGGAGGAGACGGGAGAGGAGAUUGUGGUUGAUGAGGAGAAGGGGCAGGGGCAGGAGUCAUCACCCCGCGUCGCGUCUGGGUUUAGGCAUAUGGCUAAGCUUAACUUGUUGGUGCACGAGAUUGUCGGGGUGCUUUACUCACAUCGCAAGGGGCAGGGCGGUCCCGACUGGAAGAAGAAGGCGGGGAGGAGCCCGGCGGAGAAGGAGCGGGAGAGCGGCGAGAAGGGUCAGACAGGAGGGGAGGGUACGGGAUCGCAGUCACACUCCUCGUCGUCGUCCUCUCGCCCAGAGUCGCGGGAUGCCGACUCCUCGCGCCCACCGGCGGCAUCCACGUCCACAUCCACAUCGACGCCCACGUCGACGCGCCCCCUCCCCGCCCCACGCUCAGAGAUGGACCGCCUCUGUCGCCUUCUGGACGACUGGGUAGCUCAAACGCCCGCGCAUCUCCGCAAUGUGGCCACGAGCCCCUUCAAGCUGCAAUCCGGCAUCUUGACCUGCGGCACGCACGACAUCCGUCUGUACAUCCUCAAGCCUUUCCUCUCCUCCCCUACCCUCUACCGUCAGAUCCACCCGCUCUGCAUCACCCACGCCCGACACUGCCUCCGCACGGUGCUAGACCUCUACCUGAGCGGCCACCUGCACAACAUGGUCUUCAUCUUCAUGCAGGCCUUCAUGUCCUCUGCCACCUUCCUUCUCACCGUUUGGCACGUCACGCCCAGCCUCGAGCGAUUAGGCGAGGAUGCCGAGCUGAUCGAGCGCACGGCACGCAUGAUGGCUACGGCCUUCGAUGGGCGAUAUGCUAGCGCCGUGUGGCGCAAGGCGUGGAGGGUGCUGCAGCGCGUGGCGGAGAGGGUCAUGCCGGUUAUGGGGGAGGAGAUGAGGGAGAGGACCAGCAGGUGGAUCGAGAUGGGGUGCGAGGGGGUGCGCGUGGGCGAGGCGUCUGGGGAUGCGGGACGAAAGACGCCUACGCAGACGCGCGGCGCUGCGACGAGACCUACGUCGGCGGGAUCAUCCUCGGCCGCUUCUUCAACGAUGGGCGUCGCUGCAGCGCCGGCGAAUGGGUACAGUUUCGCCACGGGAGCCAAUCAGGGGCCCUAUCCUACGACCUCCUUCGGCUUCGUACCCAGUCACAACCAUAAUCAUGCCGGCGGCUCCGCAGGGGCGGGGGCAGGCGCAGGGGCGGGGCCAGGGCCAGGAUCCUUCGGCUCUCCGCCGCGUCAACAUCUCUCUUCGCCUCACCACGCUCUUCCGCAUUGGCAGCAACAGCAGCAGCAGCAGCAGCAGCAGCAGCAGCAGCAGCAGCAAGGAGCCUACACGUCCAACGCCAGCCGCGGCGGUCCGACUCGAUCGAGUGGUGGGACGUUCCACUCUUCUUCUGGGGCGGGUCCGCCCUCGCCGAGCCCUCAUCAGCACCAGCAUGCGCACGAUGCCCAAGGCUGGACAUCGUCCGGCCCUCCCCCGCCUCCACCUAACGCGUCUCGAAGACCCUACGGCGCAGGGGCAGCGGGAGGACAUCAGACACCGCCCAUGUUGUCAGGCCAGCCUUUCCCCCCCGGCUGGAUGGCUCAUCCGCACUCGCACCCGCACUCGCACUCGCACUCGCCCGGUCGAUUCGGACCUACAUCCACCACGGGGCCCAACGCCAGCGCAGGCACGACCGCCGGGUCGGGGACGGCGGGCUCCUCCCCCCUUCCCCUGGACGUCAACAGUUUCGGAGACGCGCACGGAAUGCUCGGAGACGUGCCUGCGCCCAUGGCCGUUCCUGUGCCUGUUUCUGGGUUCCUUUCCAGCCAGAAUCACCCUCCACCCCCUCCUCCUCCUGGAUUCCUUCACUCACUUGCUGGGGAGGCGCCUCCGCGUGGUAGCAACGGACUCGUCCCCGAGGCAGGGAGUAUGGACAUGAACAUCAAUAUGUUCGCCGGUGGGUCCGCUCCGGGUCAGCCGCCUGGUAUGGGCAUGGCCGCGGGCAUGGGGAUGGGCAUGGAUGUGGGCGCGGGCGCGGGCGCGGGCAUGGACACGGACAUGUGGACGGACGGAGCAGGUGCUGAUUCCUGGCAGGAAUACUUUUGGCGAUUCUUGAGCGACGCCGACGUUGAUGUUGAUGCGAGUGUGGAUGGGACGGGAGAAGUGGACAGGGACGAGAAGCAGCAGCAGCAGCAGCAGCAUCAGCGGGCGUAGUGGUGUGUGAGAGGAGCGGGUGGACAAUGAAGGUGCGUGCGACUCGCAGUAGAGUAUCUCGUCAUCCAUCUUUGGGCUUGGACAGACCCAUCUUACGACGAUUGAUCAUUGAAUGGAAUUCGCUACAUUCUCG